GCCGAUUUCGUAUCUCGACAUCCAUCUGCCUGAAGUUGCAGUGGUUGCUGUGAGGCUGACACUUUUUCAGACAGAACAGCUGACUCAGUGCCUCUUCCCUCAGUCCCUCCUGAAAGGCAUUAAAAGAUACAGAAGAAAUUGCUGCUUGGACUUUGUAGAGCAACAAGCUACGUUCUCGAGACGUUUCACUCUGCUUUGAAGAGGGUUCCAGUCUUGUGACCUCCAGUACUCAGUCUCCUGAAGAAAGUCCAGUCUACUGUGCUGUCACUUUCACCAAAGAACAUGGAGAAGUUGAUAUUGGAAAGGCCUGUUUCUGUGCCUAAGGGUGAAAUGCCUACACUUCCUUCCCAGGAGAAGCCAGAUACGAACUCAUGCCCUCAUACACCUGGCAAGUAUUUUCUCCCUGGUGGGAUGGACAAUGAGAACUGCAAGGCUAAUGAGAAGGAAAGGGAGUGGAUUCGCCCUGAUACACCUAGUAAAUGCACAUGGAAGCUUGGGAAACCCCUCUCUGCCUCCCCCCAUCGUCAUACCACUCUGCCAGAGCCUCUGAAAAUCAUGCCAAGCAUCCUGAAUAAAGUUGGCAAUACACCCAUGGUGCGAAUCAACAAGAUUGGGAAGCAGUAUGGGCUCAAGUGUGAACUCUUGGCAAAAUGUGAGUUCUUCAAUGCUGGGGGCAGUGUGAAGGACCGCAUCAGCCUAAGGAUGGUAGAGGAUGCUGAGAAGGCUGGGAUCCUGAAGCCUGGGGACACAAUCAUAGAGCCAACCUCUGGAAACACAGGAAUUGGGCUGGCCUUGGCUGCAGCAGUGAAGGGUUACCGCUGUAUCAUUGUGAUGCCAGAGAAAAUGAGUAUGGAGAAGGUGGAUGUCCUGAGAGCUCUGGGUGCUGAGAUUGUGAGGACCCCGACUACUGCCAGAUUUGAUUCUCCUGAAUCUCACGUGGGAGUAGCAUGGAGACUGAAAAAUGAAAUCCCCAAUGCACAUAUACUAGACCAGUACCGUAAUGCCAGCAACCCCCUGACGCACUAUGACACCACAGCUGAAGAGAUCCUGCAGCAGUGUGAAGGAAAAAUAGACAUGCUGGUGGCUGCAGCUGGCACAGGAGGUACUAUCACUGGCAUCUCCAGAAAGCUAAAGGAGAAGUGUCCAGGUUGCAAAAUUAUAGGUGUUGAUCCUGAAGGCUCCAUCCUUGCUACACCAGAAGAACUGAAUGAGACUGACAAGACAAUGUAUGAAGUGGAAGGAAUCGGAUAUGAUUUUGUCCCCACGGUGUUGGAUAGAUCUACAGUGGACCAGUGGUACAAGAGCAAUGAUGAGGAGUCGUUUGCUUUAGCACGCAUGCUGAUUCGAGAGGAAGGACUGCUGUGUGGUGGCAGCUCAGGCAGUGCCAUGUCUGUAGCUGUGAAGGCAGCCAAAGAGCUGAAGGAAGGUCAGCGCUGUGUUGUUAUCCUCCCUGACUCUAUCAGGAACUACAUGUCCAAGUUCUUGAGUGACAAAUGGAUGAUUCAGAAAGGGUUCAUGAAAGAUGACGACCUUGUUAAAAAACCUUGGUGGUGGAACAUCAGUGUUCAGGAACUAAGCCUCUCUGCUCCCCUGACUGUGCUUCCAACUGUUACCUGUGCAAAGACUGUUGAAAUUCUCCGGGAGAAGGGAUUCGACCAGGUACCAGUUGUUGAUGAAUCUGGGGUGAUUUUGGGCAUGGUUACCCUGGGUAACAUGCUUUCUUCACUACUUGCUGGAAAAGUUCAGCCUUCUGAUGAAGUCAGCAAAGUAAUCUACAAGCAAUUUAAACAGACAGAUAACCAAGCAUCAGGUGGAAAUGUGAUUAACCUGAAAGACAACUUGGGGAAACUCUCUCAUAUUCUGGAAAUAGAUCACUUUGCUCUAGUGGUUCAUGAACAAAUUCAAUAUCACACUGAUGGUUCCUCCAGUAAGCGGCAAAUGGUGUUUGGCAUCGUUACAGCCAUUGACCUGCUUAACUUUGUGACUGUGCGAGAACGGGAAAGGAAGUCCAGCUAAAGUCAAGUAGCAAUGUGGAACCUCUUCAACAACAUUUUGCAGUCUCCAACAAAGAAUCAGGUUUAUUUCUUAGGUAGAAUGGUCUGUCCUUAGGGUGUUGGUUUUUUUUAAAUUCUGAAAAUAAGCAGUUAGCUAUCCUGGUGUCAGCUAUACAACCAGUGCAUUUUGCUGUAUUGCACAGCUUCUGGGGACUUGUUUAUUAAUCAGGUUACACAAUAUUUCUUAUCAAGACAAUUUAUUUUUUUACCUAUAUAUAUGUAAAAAUAUUGCCUAAAUUAACUGGUAUGUUCCUUACUUGUUAUGUCUAAAGUCUGGCUUUCCAAAACAUAGUUUCGGAUUCAUAGAAUGUGUUGAAAUAAAGAGUUACGUAAGCAGAGGCCCAAGAGAGCUCUGGAAAGUUUUGGAAUUUUUUUUUUUUGUGCAGGGGUGUUAGGUUAGGUAAUACCUGUGUGAGACAAAAAUGGGACUGGGGCAUGGGGAGAAGAAAGGGGGAUUUCCCUUUGGUGACAUCAGUAUAAAGCAAGAGGAAAUCCUGAGAGCUGGAGUUGAGGCUUGUUUCAACUAGCUGCUCUGAGGAAAAGCUGACUUGAGUGGAAGCCUGACAGUGAAGUGACAAACGUGAACGAGUGACUUUGUUCUACACGGUGCACUGGCUUUCACUGCGAAGGCAGACCUUUCUUUUUUUCCAAUUUUACCCUGUUAAGUAAGCACAAGUGAAAAGAUUAAAAGGCAAGAUCAAGCUUCUUGCCUGAAGGUUUUUGAAAAUCACAGUUUCAUCUAGUACCUUCCCCUUACCUCCCCACCCUCUUAUUUAUCUUAAAGUGCUUCUUCUUAUGCCUGUUUUAGAAGAGCCAAAGGUAAUCUGUCAAGAGCUGUAAACUCUUUCAAGUCCUGCUCAAGUGCUCCUACACUGUGUAGCACCUUAUUCCAGGACAGAAACCCUACUACUAAUUGAAUUCACUGUAGCCAAACUUGGAAGUAACUGGCAAACAUGGUGUGGACUGGUAAUGUCAAGAGUACACAAGAGUAACGUGCAGUAGGUCUGUGCAGCUACAACUUUUCACCACUUCUGUAACUCUGGCUUCUUGAGUAAUGUUUGACUUGCGUAGCCAUGGCACAGUUUGGCACUCGCAGUCCUGUCUGUACGCUGCUGUGCUCAGGCUACUGACUGCUAUUAGUGGUAAUGAUAAGUGAAAUCACACUGUGGUUACAGGAGAAAAGUAGCUGGUUUUCUUCUUCAUAAAGACUGCUCUAAUCCUCUUCUGACUGGUCUUUUGCCAAGAAUAAAGUUUUUGAUCAGCAAGAGUGGCAGUUGUCUUAGUUUGUGUCUCUUUCCACUGAAGUAGAAGAAUACUAUUUAGGCUGGGGUUAUUGCUGGUAGGAUAGCAAAGUUUUGGGGUUUGUUUUUUCUUUACAAAAAAAAAAAAAAAAGCUGAAAUAAGUUGUGAGUCAGCUAAGAGAAAACAAAGAGGUUAUUUAAAAAUCACAGUUACUACCUCCUGUAUAUAGAUUUCUUUCUACCUUGCUGGCCUCCCUAUGGCAGUGGAAUUUGCUGUACAUUUUGCAAGGGUGUGCCCAGAGGAGAGAGGUGGUGGAAGCCGCCCUGUCCCAUGUCAGUGCUGAGCAAAGAACAUUAAGCAGAGCCCUUGCAGUUGUGCCUUGGGUGAUGCUGGCCUGAGAAGGGAGGCAAGAGCUCAAAGCCAAAGAAGUGACACCAGUGAUAGUGUCUGCCUGCCAGCAGUGUGACAGCCUGGUUUGUUUUCUGACUGCUUCUCUCUCACCUUAAAUUUGCGAAUGUUAAGUACUUUGUUGUAAUAAUAAAAACCCCAGCUUGGGUGCUCUGACUAGUGGAAAGCUGAACUAGUGUGAGUAUCAGAUGUUUGUACCUGUGCAUUAAAGACAUUGUUUUCAAAUCUGGAUUAGCUUUUCUAGGCUGAACAGCUCUGUCUUACCUCUGUUGCAGCUUGGCAGAGCCUAAUAACUCAUCUUUCAAACUAUUUUUUUAGCUACUUCCCAAGGACUCAUAAAUAACUUAGCACAGUUAAGGGCACGGUCUUUGAUCUUAGCACUUUUAACAUCCUUUAUGUUUCUCAGUGUAGAGACAGUCUGUGAAUGGUCAGUUGUAUCCCUUGAGACAUUAGUAUUUCAGCCAAGCUUCUAAACUCCUUUCUCAAUUAUUUCAAAUACUGUUGUCAGAUAUAUUUUCAGAUCUAUUCUUAAUUUACAGGGAAGACUGAGGGACUUAUUUCUUUGAUUAUUUGUAUUUUCACUGUAACCAUUGAUUCCCAUGCUGUUAAAAGAACCUGUGUACUUCACUAGAUGCUACUAACUGAAGGAUUUGUUGCAAUCGUAGCUGCCACUGCCGCUAAAUUUUGGCAUUACUGUUGCCCUUGAAAAUUUACUUCACUUGCUUUUAUCUGAUUUUUCCCAUUUUCCAUCUGACCUUUGGUGUCGGGGGGGGGGGGGAGGUUGCUUAAGUGUUUGGGGUUUUUUUCGUUUUAUUUUUGUGCCUGUAAAUGUUCCAUGUCCCAACCUAACUGAAUUCAGCAAAAAAUAGGAGGGUAGAAGGACAUUCCCAAAGUUGCUUUCAGAACAGCAGUACAGGAGAGAAGUUAGAGUUGGGGCAGCAGCAGAUUAAUGGGUAGCUUCACUUGUGACACAGAGAAAAGUGUAAAGAUUUUAAUUUGCUUUUUUAGUUUACCGUUGAUAAAUUAAUCUGUAGCAUCAUCAAAUCAGGUGGUAUUGCUGACUAAGAAAGGAGUGGUUAGAGUCUGAAGCAAUCCAAGUAAGCCAAAGUAUCCAAGACAUCCACCUGUGCCGCUCUGCCUAUGUGGUUUGGUAAGAGGAGGAGCUGUCUCCUCUUCUACACUGGCACAAGGAGGAAACAGUGGCCACCAGCCACUCUUAUUCACAGCGGCAACCCUGUUUGACCAGAGGAAUUGGGGAAAUAAAUGGAGUUGCUGAAUGACUGCAAAACUUUCCAGAGCUCUUCCCUAUAGUAGUGAUGAAGGCAGCAAAGAGAAGGGGACAGAGAGUCCUGCAAAGUUGAAGUUUCUCUAAGGCAAAAGCUUAUGAGCGUGAUGCUUUUUUGUAUGUGUGAGAAUGUUGUUACUAGCCUGGUCCUGGUUAGUAGUGGUAAGGCUGGAUUAAUGCUUUACUCAUCUGUUUCAAAUACUAUGAGGACCAAGAAAGAUAUUGCAGUUUGUUUGUUUGGUCUUUAACCUGAAGUUCAAGUCCAGAGCUUGAACAGAACUGUAUUUUUUUCUGAAGUGGGUGCCUGCAUCUUCUGUUUACCUGUGCUGAUUAUGCAAUUGCUGACUCAACCUGAAGACUAUUUUGCACAUGGAUAUUUGUAUUGACAAUUUAUGCUGUAUUUGUUUGUCACUGUAAAAGAAUAUCAGUCCUUUUGGUCUAAUGUUAGCUCAGCAAAAAUACUUCCAUUUUCUAACCUGAAGACAAUUAUCCAGUAAAAUCUGUAUAAUAUUUUGCAAGCAGUUACUAGGCAAUGACUUAAGGAUCAUUUUGAAGUCAUUGUAUCCAAUAUUACUUCCCGCUUCUUCCACAAGCUGUGGCUGACUCCAGAAGUUUGUCUAACUGAGGUUCCUCUAAGCAGCCAGGCCAGUCUCAUUUGCCCACCAAGCUCGUCGCUAAAUGGUUUUUGAAAACGUCUGCUUGCCGUUAUGAAUUUCACACAACAUGCUCACUGUCAGGAGUUGCCUACCAUUGCCACUGUCAUCCAACAGCCUUUCUUACUGCAUAGCGUCAACAUGCUACCAUCACAAAGGAAGGACUUCUUAUGCUUUAAGGAGCCCAGAAAAAUCAAUACUGUGCGCUGUAUUUAUUGCACAAAUGUUCACAAAUGUACAAUAUAAAGAGUUCAAUAAAAGCUGUUUGAUUGCA